AUGUCCUACAUACCCUCACUCACGCUGCCCGAUGCUAUCUUCAAGACCCCGGCUGCGUCAAUUCUCCUGCCUGUCGGGGCCGGCCUACUGGUGGGUUAUUAUGGCCGGGGAACAACACAGAAGACCUACAUGGAGCUGAAGCAGCCACCUUACCGACCGCCACCUCAAGUUUUCGGACCGGUAUGGACAAUCCUCUACGGGCUCAUGGGAUACGGUGCCUACCGUGCGUGGAAUGUUGGCCUGUCGUCGCUUGAUCCACUCAAAGUGGAAGAUACUAGGGUGGGAGCUACUUUGUACACAAUCCAGCUGGGUUUGAACCUGCUCUGGAUGCCGCUGUUCUUCUAUAUGAAGAGACCAGUCGAAGCUACAGCUGAUAUCUUCGCCCUAACCGGAACGGUUGGCUACCUGACAUACGUCUGGUCGAAGGUUGAUCCCAUUGCUUCAUAUUGCCUGAUGCCGUACGUGGCCUGGUUAGGCUUUGCGUCGUACCUGACAGUGGGCGUCAGCCAUCUCAAUGGCUGGAACCUGGCAGACAAGGAGAAGCCGAGGGCGCAGAAGGAGGGAGAUACAAAGUUCGUCAACGAAGACCCUAAGGCACGGUGA